GGACAAGAAUGCAUCGUGUGUCUGAAUGAUAAUCGUGACGUUCGUUUCUCUCUCUCUCUCUCUCUCUCUCUCUCUCUCUCUCUCUACAAAACCUCCCGAAAAACCAAACCCUUCUUUCUUAGCUCGUCUUUCACUUCAACGCGAGAUCUAAUCGAACCUCUGAUAUAAAGUUUUAGGGGUAUUAUCAUCUAUGGAGGACCCAGAAAAGGGUUUGUCUACUGGUGGAACUUCAGAAACUACAGUGGUUAAUGGUCAGGUUCAGUCUUGUAAUGGGCAGGGUGUUACUGUGGAUUUGAAAUCUGUUGAGGUAAGUGGUGGGACUGAGGCUGGGGUUGAGGAUUCUAGGGUUGUAGAAUCUGAAGAAGGUAGGAGUGAAAAUGCAGCAGUUGAGUUGGGUAGCUUGGUUUCAGAAAGGGAAGGGGGUGGUCAAACAGUAGUUGAUGGUGAUUCUUGCACAGUUGUCAAUACAACAUCUGGUGACUUCACUAUGAAGGAUGCUGCCGGGGCUGGAGAUCACAAGGUAACUAGUACUAGCAGUAAUUCUCAGGAAGAUAGGAAUUUGAUUGAUCAUGGAACACGAGAUGAACAGAAAAACGUUGGUAGUAACUUACACUUACAGAGUGAUGAUAAAAUUUUGGAUCAAGGAGGGCUUGCUUGCGACAAAGUUGAAAUUGAGGGAAAGUUGAAUUCAAAUGGGGAACGGCCAAUUGGGAAUGAUAAAGCUGAUGAUAACUCCAAUAAUGUACAGGAAGUUGUCUGUGGAACUAAAUCUGAAAUUGACAAGACCCGUUUGAACUCUGAUGAAAAACAAAGCGCUGUCCUUGUAAAGUGCAAUGCAAAAGAGCAAAUAGUGGCUGAAAAUAAUGUGGGUAGUGUUUCUGAUGCGGAACAAUCUGAUGCAUGUAAGGAGAUGCAAGUAGAUGUUGAAGAUCAACAAGGAGAAGAAACAAGUAAAACAACAAACCACACUGUAGAUAUUAAAGGUACGUCGGUUUCUUUAGGGAGUGAGAAAAACUUAGAUGCUAAUGCAAUUGUUGAGAAAGACAUUAAAAUUACUGACCAAGGAAGUCAUGUGCUAUUGCGUGAUGGAAAGGAAAAAAUUGACAUUGAGUUAAAUACGGGGCAAAACGUUGAAGAAAAAGAAAGCGUAUCUGAACAGGUGGGUUCAAAUGGAAAAACGGUAAAACACGCACUCAUGAAGCCUGGUAGUUCAGAAGUAGUUUAUCAGGCACGGUAUUCGCUGCCAACAGAAAAACAAGAAGGCGACUUUUCUCUCUCCGAUAUGGUUUGGGGCAAAGUGAGAAGCCAUCCGUGGUGGCCUGGACAGAUAUUUGAUCCCUCAGAAGCAUCUGAGAGGGCAAAGAAACAUUAUAAAAAAGAUUGCUACUUCGUUGCAUAUUUUGGUGACAGAACAUUUGCAUGGAAUGAAGCAUCUCAGCUAAAGCAUUUUAGGGCACAUUUCUCUACAAUUGAAAAGCAGAGGAGCAGUUCAGAAUCAUUCCAGAAUGCUAUAGGUCGUGCUUUGGAUGAAGUCUCAAGACGAGUAGAAUAUGGGCUAGCAUGUUCUUGCACACCUAAAGACACCUAUGACAUGAUUAAAUACCAGGCCGUAGAGAACACUGGGAUUCGACAAGAAAUAAGCUUCAAACAUGUGGUGGAUGAAUCCCUAAAUGCUAACUCAUUUUCACCUACCAAACUAAUAGACUAUGUGAAAACACUAUCUGAGUUGCCUACUUGUGGCUUUGAUCGUUUGGAGCUUGUGACUGCUAAGGCUCAGCUGCUUGCUUUUAAUCGUUUUAAGGGUUUCUCUUGCUUGGCUGAAAUACAACAUUGUGGAGUCGUUGACAAGGACAAUUCAUUUGUUGACGAUGAACAAGAUUCGUGUGAAGUUAUUGAGCAUGCAACUCCUGUAGUUAAUAAAGAUGAUGAAGCUGGUCCUGAGAAUUUUAAAAAUCAUAUCAGCACCCGUCAAAAGCGUAAAUAUAAAUCCAAGGAAAAAAAGAUGUCAGACCUAAUGAAUGGGACUCCAGAUUCUCCCGAUGACGAAUGUUGGACUCCAGAUAAUGUUGUUUCACCUGAACAUUCCAAGAAAAGGAGAGCUGUCGUUCCCUGUGCCAAUGACUCGGAAAUGCAAGAUGGGACUAAAGCCAUUUCCGCUGGAAAAGUCUCAAAUACCCCAAAGUCUUCGUUUAACAUUGGUGACUGUAUUCGUAGGGCUGCUAGUCAACUCACUGCGUCAUCUUCUAUAUUGAAGUCUUCUAGUGAACAGUCUCCCAAAACAGACGGAGACAUUGAUGGUUUUCCCGAGAAUGAAUUAGAUGUUUCCCUCCCAACUGUCGAGGAUGAUCAGAUAACAAGUGAAUAUUCUUCUCUAAAUGAUUUGCUAUCUUCACUUCAGUGGGUGGCACAAGAACCCCUUGCAGAAUAUACUUUUCUUAAUGGCAUAGUGAGCUUCUUCUCUGAUUUCAGGAAUUCUGUAACUGUGACAGCUGAUUGGAAAGAGAUUUUACGUACGGAUAAAGUUGGUGGUUUUAAGAGGAAGAAACCACCCAUAGCUGGAACUGGAUCACCUGAAACAUUUGAGUUUGAAGACAUGAGCGACACAUAUUGGACUGACAGGGUCAUUGACAAUGGCAAUGAAGAGAAACCAGGGAAACAACCAUCACAGAAAAACCAGAAAAAAGAAGAACAACCUGUCGCUGCUAAAUCACCAAAGCCAGCUGCUGCUAAGUCACCAAAGCCAACUCAAGUUCGUAGGCCCUAUAACAAGAAAAAAGUUACCGACAGCAACCAUGCCGAGACUCCUGAAAAGCCUCCUGGUUAUAUAGAUGAGAAUGCUCCUGCUGAGCUUGUUAUGAACUUUGCUGAGUUUAAUUCUGUUCCCCCAGAAGCAAACCUUAACAAAAUGUUUAGGCGUUUUGGACCACUAAAGGAAUCUGAAACAGAAGUUGAUAGAGUAAGUAGCCGGGCAAGAGUGGUCUUUAAAAAGUGCGUGGAUGCAGAGGUAGCUUUCAAUAGUGCUAAAAAGUUCAACAUAUUUGGAUCAGUACUUGUAAAUUACCAGCUCAAUUACACUCCAAGUGCACUGUUCAAAGCUUCAUCUGUCGAUGCAACUCAAGACCAGGAAAUGCUUCUCGAUCUCUCCAGUUUUGACGUUAAUAUGGGCUAAAUUGUUUGGGAAUGUUGGCAGUGAUGUGGUGGCUUAAAUUUGACUGAAGAAAGUUUUACCAAGUGGCUGCUGAAGGUAUAUCCAAAAUGUUGAUUCGUCCAGUCAUUAAUUUUUCUGUGAAAGAGAUAUUUUAGGUAGUAGGAUUCCUUUGUUGCGAUCCAUUUUUUAGUUUUCUGUAUAGCUUUGUCAACUGACCCUCAUUUGUAGUUGCCAUCACUCUUCUUUCAGAAUUGUUUUCAUUUCUAUAGUCUGAGAGUAUUGGUCCUGUAUCAAUAUCAAUGCUGCAUAUAUUAGUAAUCAAUGAUUAUACUAGCCAUCCCUUUGGAGGGAUACAAGUUCGUGUUGGUAUCAA